AUGCCUGCACCGAUCGCUCCAAAAUCUCCUCGACCAGCCAGUCAGGUCGCUCCUCCCGCUGUUGAUCCGGCCAGACCUGCGGAUUACCAGCUCUUGGACGACAUAAUAAGGGUCAUUAAUGGUUUCUCUUCCUUUGGCAUAGAUGCUCGUGACCUCUACUUGGUCCCAAAUGUGGUGUUACCUCAGAAGUUCAGGGUGCGUGAACUUCCCAAAUACAAGGGCCUCAGUUGUCCCCGCAGUCACCUCACCAUGUAUUGCAGGAAAAUGGCCUCAUACAUUGAUAAUGACAACCUCUUGAUCCAUUGCUUCCAAGAUAGCCUGGCUGGGGCCUCCUUGGAUUGGUACAUGAGUCAGGAGCGUUCAAAAAUCCGGUCGUGGAGGUACCUCUCUGAGGCAUUCUUGAAACAAUAUAAGUACAACCUUGACAUGGCUUCGACAAGGCUUCAAUUACAAAAUCAGUCGCAAAGAUCUAAUGAAUCCUUCAAGGAAUAUGCUCAACGUUGGCGCAAAAUGGCAUCUAGGGUUCGGCCAGUAUUAUCUGACAACGAAUUGGUGGACAUCUUCAUGGGUACGCUGCAAGGGCUAUAUUUUGAAAAAAUGAUUGGCAGUUCAUUGAAAAUUUUUGCUGACAUGGUGACCAUUGGGGAACGUGUUGAGAGUGGGCUGAAAUCAGGGAAAAUAACAGAUACGGCCGCACAACAGACAACCAACAAGAGACUGCAUGGGGGCUUCGCUAAAAAGAAGAAGGGGGAAGCAAAUGUUGUAAUGGCGAGGGCUCGCCCCCGAUAUCAAUUCCCGACAGCCCUUAUGCCAUAUUACCCGUAUCUGUACGUCGCCGCAGCUCAUUACCAACAACCGCUUUUCCAGUAUCAACCACAGAAAGAGUUAGUACCAUAUUUUAUCCAUGUGGGAGCUAUUGUACAAAGAGAAUUACCAGCAGCUUCUCCUCCUUUCAAUCACCGUCACAAUCCUAAUGCCACACGCGCUUACCACGCAGGGUAUAUAGGACAUUCCACCGAAGACUGUUGGACCCUCAAAAAGAGGAUCCAAGAGUUAAUUGACCAAGAGAUUCUGUCAUUUUCUGAAGAAAAACCGAACAUGAAGACAUAUCCUUUACCAAAUUAUAACGGUGCGGAAGUCCACGCCGUGAUUGAAGAGGAAGUAUGCGAGUUUGAUCCAGAUAAUUGCGAGCAGUUAAAAGGGUGUGUGCAAGAGCUGAUGGAUGAAGGGUUAAUGCAUUUCUCCAAAUCUCAAGCAGCAGAAGAGCUGGUCGUAAUUGAACCAAUAACAAUAGUAUACAGGAAAAAGAAAGUUGAAGCUCCCCCCAGGAGGAUUCAGAUGAUUGAUUUCCGUGUUCAAACUCUGUUUCCGUAUCAGAAUACUAAGGCAGUGCCUUAG